AGGCCGUGACGCAGCUGCACGCAAGCGACCGCAUAAAUAACAUUGAGCACAGUGUGCGUGCUCUGCAGUCCUCAGUGCUUGCUACUCUCGAAGUGUGUCCAAUUGGAGCAGCUCUCGACCACCACAACACAAGAUGUACAAGCUAGUCCUUGCCACAGCCCUCCUCAGCACUGCUGCGGCGCAGACGUUGGAGACAUUUGACGGCAGCAGAACGUGGUCCGAGACCAAUGACCCCGUAAGCAGCGGUGUUGCACCAGUACGCCAUCGCCGCGACCCUCACCGCUCACCGCUCACCGCUCACCGCCCGCCGUCCCCGCAGGUCAUGGGCGGCCUCAGCCAGGCGACCUUCAAAAUCAGCCAAGGCACCGGUGUAUUUAACGGCACCUGCAAGAUCGUGCCGUCGCUGCAAGCUCCCGGCUUCUGCUCCGCCCAGAGCGAGAAGACGCACCUCCGCGCUUCAUACCCCGAUGUGAGCAAGUCGAAAGGUCUGGAGCUCGUCGUCCGCUCCACGACACCAACCUUCAAAGGCUUCAAGGUCGCCUUCGCGACCAAGCACGCCAAGAGCUCGAGCCGCUACACGCCCUUCGGGACGUUCAAGGCCCCGUUCGCGCUGAGCAGUGGCGCGCGCGAGCAGACGGUCUUCGUGCCCUUCACGGACUUCUCCUGGGACUGGUCGCCGUAUACCGGCGAAUGCGACACGAAAGAUCCGACGGGCGUGCAGCACCACUGCUGCGGGGAAGGCGACCUCGAGCAGUACUGUCCCUCAUCGAAGGACCUGGCGGAGCUGACGGGGCUGGAGUUGUGGGCCGAGGGCGCGGAGGGCGAUUUUCAUUUGGAGGUGAAGAGCAUCGCGGCCGUCGCGGCGCCGACGCUGCGGUACAACAAAAAGGUCGACGCGUAGAUUGUUUUUCCCAUCCCCACUUCUCUUUGUAAGCCUGUUUAUCUA